UUUAUUGUUUCUCUGAAGUUCAAAUUUAAUUGAACCAGCUCUUUUUUAAUUUAACUUUGGUACCUCUGCCUGAGUACUUUCCCUUCUUAUUCAGCUGCCGGUUCUCCCCCAGGCUGGUUCUCCCACCUUGCAGAAGCUUCUUCAGGCCAGAAAUUAGCUCUUUCUCUAGAAGGGGCUUUAGUGGCCUAGGUUCCUAGUGGUGCAUAUAAAAACAACAUUACUUAAUGCAGGAGAGAUGGGCACUAUUGUAGGUUCAUGGACAGGGACCACAUGUUAAAUGAGAGGCCCAAGAAGACAUUUUGUCUACUGUCAUUACCAACCAAGGUUCUUCCUUCUCUUUGUUGCCUUGUGAAUUUUAUUGUCCCUUUAGGAAAAGUUCUCCUAGGGUGACAUCUCAGUUAACUUCAAAUUUAGCUUAGAUGUCACCCUUAGGUUCCACUGAUAAGGCUAUGCAACUUCUAGCGAUUCCGGACACACACUGAACUUGGCUUACUCUAAGGCCAGAGGUCCUCCCCUUCUCACGUGUUAUCCUUCUGGAGCAGCAGCAGGACUCCCUUCCCCUUUUCAUGUUACUCACUUCAAAUGACCUGAGACAUCUGUGUAGCACUGUUUUUUGAGUGGAUCCCACUGAAGAAGCACAGUGAAGACUGUUCCAAAGGUUUUUAUUUAGGAGUUAGAAAUGGAGUCGUCAUAUCUUCAAAAGCACCUUGGAAUGUGUCUAACUCUAGGUCUUGCAGAAGUAGCAAGAGUUCGCCCAGCGGAUCCAAUAGAAUAUUUAGCAUUGUGGAUUUACAAGUAUAAGGAAAAUUUAACCAUGGAACAACUGAGGCAACAAGAAAUGGUGGACUUGGAGCAUGAAAGAGAGUUGGCUCGGAGGGAGCAGGAAAUUAUGGAGCGGCUCAAGGCAGAGGAGCUCUUGUUGCAGCAGCAACAACUGGCAUUACAAAUGGAGUUGGAAAUGCAAAAAAAAGAGAAAGAGAGACUAGAAGAACUUCAGAGAACUCAAGAACAAUUAGAGAAGGAGAUGAGAACAAGUGUGGAAAGUAUGCCUAAGAGUGAGGAUACUUUUUAUUCAGAGGAAGGAUUUCUAGACACAAGCAAAACACUUGCUGAAAUUAGUGAUAGAUAUGGAGCACCUAACUUGAGCAGAGUAGAAGAACUUGAUGAAUCAAUGUUUUCUGAUGUCGCAUUAAACAUUGAUCAAGAUUUGCAGGAUCAAUAAAUCUAAGAAUAAAAAUUGUCUGCUUAUUUUAAGUUCCAAA